AUGCAGCCAUCUGAUUCUGAAGAGAACAUAAAUAAUUUCAUGGCCAUAACUGGAUGCCAGGAUUAUUAGAAAGCAUAAUCAUACAUUUAGAUGGCUUAAGAUAAGCUUGAUAAUGCAAUACAACUCUAUUUUGAUUUUGAGGGAGUUCAAAGUCAAGGCACACAAUAGAAACCAUAAUAAGAUUAAUUAUAAUAGAGGUCAAACAGUUAAGAAACUCCAUAGGGAAGAGUUUAAAAUUCUAAUUAAAGUAUGAGAAGAUAACCUUAAGAUGAUGCAUUAAUUGAAAAAUAUAGGAAAUAUCAGGAAGAAAAGAGAGCCAAGGAAGGCAUAAUCAAUAAAACUUUUCGAAUAGGCGCAGGUCUCGUCUCGUAUUUUUUCAAAAAUGCACCUAAUUAUGGGAAUGAAUUCUUGAAAUACCUCUAACAACAGUAGAUUCAAACACAGAUUGCGUUUUAAUCUGGAAACUUUUAGGAAAAGUUGAAAAAAGCAAAUGAAGAAACAAGGCCAUUAUUAGUCUAUUUACAUAAUCAUUAAAACUUAUUGGUAUUGCAAAAAAUGUCUGAUUGCAAAAGCCUUGUAGCAAAUCUUAAUAGAAAUUAUUCAAUACUCGGGUUGUUGAAUAGUCCAUAAGUUAAUGAAUAAUUUCCAAAUAAACCAGAACCUCCAGCUAUUUUAAUUUACAAAUUAGAUAUUGUGGAUGAAGUUGUUUUAAUGGAACAAAUUUCUUUAUCUUUGGAUACCAAUUUUGAAGUAACUGCCUAAAGGAUUAAGACAAUUAGGGCAGCUUUCAAUAAAGAAUACAUUUAUGUAGAAAAUCUCAAAAAAGAAGUCAAUUCUCCUAAUUAGCCGAACUUAAAUUACUAUUACAAUAAUUAACACCCUUUCCAAUAUAUUUAACAAUAAUAACAAACGCAAGUGCAAGUGCAAAAGUAAAAGGAGGACUAAAGAGAAAGAGAUUUAUUAAUUCAACAAUAAAAAGAAGCUUAUCGUUUUGCAGAACAAUAGGCAAUGUUGAAAAAAUAAAGGGAUGAAGAAUAAAGAUUAUAAGAAUAAACCAAAUAAAUUGAAUAAUAGCAAAAAGAAGAGUAAAGAUUAUUGAAAAAAGCCUAGUUAUUAUCAAAUUUACCCGAGGAACCAGCCAAUACUUAAGGUAUAUCAAUACUAUUCAGAUUUGUAAAUGCUACUCGAACAAGGAGAUUCAAUUUUAGUGAUAAAAUCUAAGUGUUAUUUGAUUUUGUAGAAAGUCAAGAAGACGAUUGCUUUAAUGAUCCACAUGCCAAAAUUGACUUAAUAUAAAAUUUCCCAAGACUGUCAUUAAAGGACAAGACUGAAUCCAUCAUAAAUGAAGUGUUUGUCGAUUCUGAAAUGGAAUAAUUAAUUGUAGAUGAAUAGGAGUGAUAAUUAAAUUGUCAUUA